AUGUCCCUCCCAGCGAGCGCCGCUAUUCGAGCGCAGUCCAACGCCGCAAGCUCAAAAACUGCUUUGCGCGCCCUCACACCCGCUAUUUACACCACCUCCUCGCCUACACCAUGUCCUACCACGCCGACUAUAGCGUCGAAACUUCCUCCUGCCACGGCCCACCUCUCACCACAUCAGAGCCUACCGCCGAUAUGGUUCAAUUCCUCGUUUCCACGCUUCGGACCCGGUGAUUCGCGCGGACCGGAAGACGAGCGGAAAGUCAAGCUUGGAAAAACACUGCGCAUUCUUCAAGAACGACUUCCUACUUUACUUCAAUCCCCAUUGCCGCAGGAGAUCUUAUCGCCUCAUAUCUCUCUCCACCUCUUUCCCUCGACACAUCCAUACCUCCCUGCCGUAUCCGGUCGAGUUGCAUACAUAGCAGCAUUAUGGACAUCCCCGUUAGCAUGGAAUCGAGUUCCCAUAAUCGGUAACGUCAAGCUAGAGAUACUCUCGGAACGGAUGGUCAGCCAACCAUUUUACUCCUCCCCAAAACGAUCCGAAGCAUACGGCGAACAGUUGGUGGUUAAAUGGAGAACGGCGGAUGGCAAACCAAAAAGCCCCAACCCAACCGUAACGGAAGAGGGCGAGCAAAGGCUCGACGAUACCCUCAGAGGCACGCAGGCCAUAGGCGAGAAGAAGGCGUUCACCGGAUUAUUCAUCUUCGAGUUUGACAAAGAGGGCCGAAUUAUAAGCCACACGAUCGAGCACGUAGACGAACACGGAGAAUGGGAAAGGGGCCUGGGCGCUAAAGUCGUUGGUCUAACAGAUUGGCUACUAGGAGGCAUCAAAGGCCGCGCAGAUGAAGGUGCCCCCGCACUAUGCAGAGUUAUGAGCAAACGAGAAAAAGACGAACGGUAA